GAGGGGCCCAGGUUUAGAUGUGUAAUUUGGAGAGUUCCAUGGAACUAUCAAGUCUUAAUAAUGAAAGUGAAAGAGCUUGGAGGGGAUGGCGGUGGCUCAGUAGUGGACUAAUAAAGGGCGGAGGAAGUGACAGAAGUGGAGUGGAGGUUGAUCUUGGAAAGGAUGGGGCUUAUUUGAAGGAAAAAAUGUGUGGUAUUUGAAGUCAGAUCUUGUUAAAGUGAAAAGAUUGGAGAAGUCGGAUAACUUGGAAAACAUGGGGGGACUAAAAGAGGAAAGUAGGAGGACCCUCACGGAUAGGGGUAAUCACAACAGCGCACUUGAGUCUUGGCUGUUCGCUGACUUAUGUGAUCACAAACAUACUUGCCGCGCUGUGGCUUAAUGCCCACCACCACUCCGUGAGAAAGCCCCCACCCACCACUGUACCACCUGUCAUCAUGGACGAAGCUCGGUUGCCCGCACCCCCGACCCCCGCGCCCGCACCCGCUUCAGCACAGGCAGCACCUGCCGCGGCCCCUCGGGUCCCAUUUCACUGCAGUGAAUGUGGCAAGAGCUUCCGCUACCGUUCGGACCUGCGGCGUCACUUCGCCCGGCACACGGCACUCAAGCCCCACGCGUGUCCGCGCUGCGGCAAGGGAUUCAAGCACAGCUUCAACCUGGCCAACCACCUGCGCUCCCACACAGGGGAGCGGCCCUACCGCUGCUCUGCCUGUCCCAAGGGUUUCCGCGACUCCACCGGCCUGCUACACCACCAGGUCGUCCACACUGGUGAGAAGCCCUACUGCUGCCUGGUCUGCGAGCUUCGCUUCUCCUCGCGUUCCAGCCUGGGCCGCCACCUCAAGCGCCAGCACCGCGGUGUGCUCCCAGCUCCGCUGCAGCCCGGCCCCGGCCUGCCCGCCCUGAGCGCACCCUGCUCGGUCUGCUGCAACGUGGGUCCCUGCUCGGUGUGCGGGGGCGCCGGGACCGGCAGCGGAGAGGGCCUGGAGGGCGCAGGCGCGGGCGGCUGGGGGCUAGCGGAGGCAGCAGCUGCGGCCGCGGCCUCCUUGCCUCCGUUUGCGUGUGGCGCCUGCGCGCGGCGCUUCGACCACGGCCGCGAGCUGGCAGCCCACUGGGCAGCGCACACCGACGUGAAGCCUUUCAAGUGCCCGCGCUGCGAGCGCGACUUCAACGCGCCGGCGCUGCUGGAGCGGCACAAGCUAACCCACGACCUGCAGGGCACCGGUGCGCCCCCUGCGCAGGUCUGGGCCCCAGGGGCCAGCGGCGGGCCGGAGAUGGCGCGCGAGGGCGGCGCAGCAGAGGCGGGCGACGCUCCGUCGGCUUGGGACGGCGAGCUUCUCCUGGGCCCCACUGGGGGCGGCGUGCCUGAGCUUGGGGGGCUGCUUCCGGAGGGCGGCGGCGAGGCCCCAGUGCGGGGCGCUGCAGCCGAGCCCUCAGAAGACACCCUGUACCAGUGCGACUGCGGGACCUUCUUCGCAUCGGCCGCGGCGCUGGCCAGCCACCUGGAGGCUCACUCGGGCCCGGCCACCUACGGCUGCGGCCACUGCGGGGCGCUGUACGCGGCGCUGGCAGCCCUGGAGGAGCACCGUCGGGUCAGCCACGGUGAGGGUGGCGGGGAGGAGGCUGCAGCGUCGGCCCCUGGAGGGGAGCCGACUUCCGGCGAGCCCGCGUCGGGCUCCAGCCGCGGCAAGAAGAUCUUUGGCUGCUCUGAGUGCGAGAAGCUGUUUCGCUCGCCGCGAGACCUGGAGCGGCACGUGCUGGUGCACACCGGGGAGAAGCCGUUCCCGUGCCUCGAGUGCGGCAAGUUCUUCCGCCACGAGUGCUACCUCAAGCGCCACCGGCUGCUGCACGGCACCGAGCGGCCCUUCCCCUGCCACAUCUGUGGCAAGGGUUUCAUCACGCUCAGCAACCUUUCCAGGCACCUGAAGCUGCACCGGGGCAUGGACUGAACUGCUGGGCCACCCAGCCCUCAACCUGACCAACCCCAGGGACUGGACCAGGGCCAUGCCAGGGACCUCAGGACUGCGUGCAAGUGAGCCCCCGGCCCUCCAAGUCCAGAGCCAAGGCCCUAAGAUGAGGCCCCGACCUGGAGAUGGGGCCACUCAGAACCCACACAGGCCCCCGGGCUGGGGGACCACAAAGAAACAGACCUCUUUCAGCAAAGGGGUCAAAGAACAUAUUCAUUGGGGGACGAAACCUACGGACAGACUCCUGAGCUUGAGACCCCAGGAAUGCGUGUGGGCACCCCCAAUCAACAGGUCUCUAGGAUGUGGGGACCUAGGAAUGAGAAACAGGUCUCCACCUGCACCUCUCAGCUAAUAAUGUGUGGGUGGGUAGCUCCAAGGGAAGUCUGUCUGCUCCCUGAGAGCCAUCAUUCCCUACGACCUUGAUGUGGGGAAUGUGGGGAUCAUGCCCCCUAAUCUUCCAGGAUCCCCUCCAAAUGCUACCCACCAGUAACUGGUGGUCCCAGAAAAUGAAUAUAGCCGAAAUCUGCCUUUCCCCCAUUUCAUUCUCAGUACUGAAAGAGGACCAGGAUAGAUGCCUCCCCUUUCAUCUCCCCCGACCUCCAGUUAGGUUCCCCUUCUCUACCAUGGAAUGGAUCUACCCUAAUGAUCUUCCCCACCCCCAAACACUAGGAUAGACUGGUCCAAAAUCCCCCUAGCCGGUAGGAUGGAUCGACCCAGAUGCACUGGGCUGGCCACACUGUGGCCUGGCCCCACCUUUCUUAGAACCAGUAGGACAGACACUCCCUUAUCCUGUAGAGUGUGGCUGGGUCCACGUUUCUCAGCCUCCAGCCCUCAUCCUGGUGGAGGUGGUGAACAUCUGGGUUUCCUCCCCCUCUGCUGUAGCACCAGUCCAUCUUUCUCUCCAUCUCUAUCUGUCUCUGUGUUCCUCCUAACCCCAAGGGGAAGGGGGGAACUUGGCUAGGGGGUUCCCACCCAGUGAGCCUCGACCUCGCCCCCUUCUCCCACUCCCCAGUGUCUCCAGGACCCCAAUAAACCUUGU